AUGACUUUUGAACGUUCUCUCUGUGAUCUAGGGUCAAGCAUCAACAUGAUGCCGCUCUCAGUUGCAAAACGUUUAGGAUAUCAUACUUUCCAGCCCACAAAAAUCUCGCUGAUUCUUGUCGAUCGAUCAGUCAGACAACCGGAAGGAGUCCUGGUUGAUGUAUCAGUCAUGAUAGGAGAAAACUGUAUUCCGACUGAUUUCGUAGUGCUUGAAUUAGAAAGGGAGCCAAAUGAUCCUCUAAUACUUGGUAGACCUUUAUUUUCAUAUGCAGGGGCAAUAUUAAAUGUUUCGGAAGGAAAGAUAGAUCUCCAUCUUGGGAGUCUGAUUAUGCAGUUUGAUAUGAACAAAAUUCUUGGGAAACCCACUUUAGAUGGCAGAAUUUGCUGGAUUGAUGAGCUUGAUGAGAUAACUGAGGAAGUCUAUGAAGAAUUCCUUCUUAAUGAUCCUUUAAAAAUCAUCCUCACCACCACAAAUGAUGACCGCAACCUUUUCGAAGAAGUAUUGAAAGGGUGUGCGCAAAUGCUUGUUAAAGCCGAGGAUUAUGUGAAACUUGUGAGCUAUCUCGACCUGAAUGAGGAAACUCACAUCCCUACCCCUCCAAAAGAUACCUUGGCAGCUAUAAACGACCCAUGGAGCGAGCUCAAAGCCCCAAAAUUCGAGCUUAAGCCUCUUCCUGGUGGAAUCAAGUAUGCUUUUCUUGGACCAAAUUCAACUUACCCUGUCAUCAUAAAUUCUGGCCUAAGUAAAGCUGAAACUGUUAAGUUGCUAAAUGAGUUAAGGAAGCAUAGGAAAGCCAUAAGUUAUUCUCUAGAUGACAUACAAGGAAUCUCCCCAGACCUCUGGAAAGUUUUGCAGCGCUGUGAAGACAAGCAUCUUGUUCUGAACUGGGAAAAAUGUCACUUCAUGGUCUGCGAAGGAAUUGUGUUUGGACAUAAAAUAUCUGGGAAAGGUAUUGAAGUUGAUAAAGCAAAGAUUAAAGUCAUGACUAGCCUACAACCUCCAACUAAUGUGAAGGGAAUCCAAAGUUUCUUGGGACAUGCCGGAUUCUAUAGGCGAUUCAUAAAAGGCUUUUCUGAAAUUGCUAGACCUCUCACAUGUAUUCUAUGCAAGGAAACAAGCUUUGAGUUCGAUGAUGAGUGCUUGACAGCAUUUCAUAAGAUCAAAAAAGCUCUUGUUUCUGCUCCAGUUGUGCAGCCGCCCGAUUGGGAACAACCAUUUGAAAUCAUGUGUGAUGCAAGUGAUUUUGCUAUUAUAGAUGUGCUUGGUGAGCGGAAAGAAAAGAAACUACAUGCAAUCUACUAUGCAAGUAGAAUUCUGGAUGAAACUCAAUGUAAUUACGCGACUACGGAGAAGGAGCUUUUAGCCGUCGUUUUUGCAUUUGAGAAGUUUCAAUCUUAUCUCGUAGGGUCUAAGGUCAUUGUUCAUACUGAACAUGCUGCAAUCAAGUAUCUCAUGUCUAAGAAAGAUGCCAAACCAAGGCUAAUCAGAUGGAUACUCCUACUGCAAGAGUUUGAUAUUGAAUUUCGAGACCAGAAAGGAGCAGAUAAUGGAGUAGCAGAUCAUCUUUCUAGAAUUCAAGUAGAAGAGAAACUUCCUUUGAAUGAUAGUUUGCCAGAAGAAAAUGUCUACGCUAUGGAUACUAUACCUAUAACCGCACAAGAAAAGCCAUACCAACCUCUUAUACGGUGGUCAGAUGCUUUUGAAAUCCCAUGGUUUGGGCAUAUAGCGAAUUACUUAGCUGCAGACAUCGAACCUCCACAUUUCUUUGGCUAUAAAAAGAAGAAAUUCUUAAGAGAAAUCUGGCACUGGGAUGAACCUUUUCUCUGUAGGAGAUGUGUAGAUGGUUUAUUCAGAAGGUGUGUCGCCGAAGAAGAAAUGGAAGGAACACUGUUCGGAUGCUAUAGUUCAGCAUAUGCAGGACAUUUCACAACCUACAAAACAGUUUCAAAGGUCCUUCAAGCAGGAUUUUGGUGGCUUACUAUGUUCAAAGACACUCACACCUACAUCUCACACGCUGUGAUUCAUGCCAACGAAUGGGAAACAUCAGUAAGAGGAAUGAGAUGCCUCAAAACUUUAUUCUAG